CCCCUUUCUAUUACCGAAGAUUUCUUCCGAUUGUUGGAGUUAGGUAUCGAAGCUUCCGCAAUACACAUUACCAACUUGUACCCAAAGUUAUUUUCAAAUUCUAGACAAUGAGACUUCAUACUCGUAUUUUAGGAUUCUUCUUCCAUCCCAUGGUCGAAGGUGAUCCAGGCCCGCCCCCUGAUGGUGGCUCUCGAGCCUGGCUUCAGAUCCUUGCCGGUCACCUCAUCAACGCUCUUACGUGGGGAUAUUCCGCUUCGUUCGGCGUCUACCAAUUAUAUUACACAACUACAUUGUCACUACCCGAGUCGCAGGUGUCUUGGAUAGGCUCCCUCCAGGUCUUCCUCACGUUCUUCGUGGGAACUCUCUCAGGACGCUCCGCCGAUGCUGGGUAUGCACAGCACACAGCUCUACUCGGGUCGAUCCUGAUUGUGCUCGGAACAUUCAUGACAAGCCUAGCAACGACGUAUUGGCAAAUCUUCCUCGCUCAGGGGUUGUGUACAGGACUCGGCAUGGGCAUCUUGUAUAUGCCGGCCAUAGCCGUCAUCAGCUCAUAUUGGAAGAGAAACAAAGCGAUGGCCUUAGGACUAGCUUCCUCCGGGAGCGGUACUGGGAGCGUCAUAUUCCCUCUUAUCGUACAGAAUCUUCAACCUACUAUUGGUUUUACUCGAGCUGUUCAGGUUCAAGGUUAUAUUGCUCUUGCGUUCGCAAUUAUCAUCAACCUCCUACUCCGACCACGGCUCCCGCCUCGUAAGUCUGGUCCAUUGAUUGAAUGGUCAGCGUUCCGAGAGCCAGUUUAUAUAUUGUUCACCAUUGGCGUAUUCCUAAUGUUCUGGGCUCUGUACUUUUGUUUCUUUUAUAUUAACACCUACGCUACCUCUAUCAUUGGCCUGGCUCCUGAAGCGGCCGUGAAUUUACUCGCAGUAAUUACCGGCGUCGGCAUCCCAGUGCGACCCAUUCUAGGUUUUGCUGCUGAUCGAUACUUCGGUGCCCUGCCCACUCUGAUCAUCGCUCUUACUAUUUUAGGUGUACUACUCUAUUCUUGGAUUGCCGUCCAUGCCGUGGCUAGCUUAUAUGUUUGGUCCGUAUUCUAUGGGCUCGCUACUGGAGCAGCUCAGGGGAUUUUUGUAGCAGGGCUCGCAUCAUUAACUACAGACCCUAGUAAGAUGGGAACACGGUUCGGGAUGGUAUGUUCUAUAAUAGCAUUCGCAUCGCUAGCAGGUCCUCCAAUAGCAGGUGCGUUAAUUCAAAGUGAGAAUGGAGGAUUCACGAAAGCGCAAAUCUGGGCUGGAACCGUGACCCUUGCUGCUGCGCUCUUUAUAUUUGCUGCUGAGUGGAAACAAAUGGUGAUGUCCCGCCAGAUCCAGGGCUCAGAGAAGCUUCAUAAAAUGGAUCAAGGAUAUACCGAAGCAGUCGUAGUGGAGGUAAACAGCAAUGAGCAGACUAAGGCCUAAAUCCCUCCCAUCUUCCAACGAUGACAAGUUAUAAAAACCAAUGGCAACCCUUGGAAAUACGUGGUAGAAGGCUUUCGCGCGGAUUGUAUUGGAUAUAAAGCCGGACAUUGUACCAAAUAUCGUGGAGUAAAAAGAACGUAUCACUUACUCGCAGUUACUUCAGCUAUAGGAAAUUUGAUACACUCUCAUUCUACUCUAGGCCCCUUUAAAGCCUACUCUUCACAUCCUGGAUUAGGGGUUCCAUGGCCAUAUACUUCCA